GAAGCGCAUUCCCCUCUUCCCCUCUCCCUAAAACCCUAACCUCUCCCCCGCCUCCGCCCCCAAACCCCUCAGCCGCCGCCGGCGAAGCGCGCGGCGAGAUGGCGCUCUACCUGCUCUUCGAGUCCGCCUCCGGGUACGCGCUCUUCCACGCGCACGGCAUCGACGAGAUUGGGCAGAGCGUGGACGCCGUCCGCUCCACCGUGCUGGACCUCAAGCGGUUCAGCAAGGCCGUCAAGCUCGCCGGGUUCACCCCCUUCCUCUCCGCCGUCGACGCCCUCAACCAGUGCAACGCCAUCUCCGAAGGGAUCAUGACUGACGAGCUUAGGAACUUCCUGGAGCUCAACCUGCCCAAGGUGAAGGAGGGGAAGAAGGCCAAGUUCACCGUCGGCGUCAUGGAGCCCAAGGUCGGGUCCCACAUCACCGAGGCCACCGGAAUCCCUUGCCAGUCCAACGACUAUGUCCAGGAACUGCUUCGUGCAGUGCGGCUGCAUUUUGAUCAAUUCAUUGAGCAACUCAAGCCAUCUGACCUGGAGAAGGCCCAGCUAGGUCUGGGACAUAGCUAUAGCAGGGCCAAGGUGAAGUUCAAUGUGAAUCGUGUGGAUAAUAUGGUGAUUCAAGCUAUCUUUCUGUUGGAUACACUUGAUAAGGAUGUCAAUUCCUUCUCUAUGAGAGUGAGGGAGUGGUAUGGAUGGCAUUUUCCUGAGCUGGUCAAGAUUGUGAAUGACAACUACCUCUAUGCUAAGCUUGCCAAGUUUGUGGUAAACAAAUCUGACUUGUCAGAGAAGGACAUUCCAGCUUUAGCGGAUCUAAUUGGAGAUGAAGACAAGGCAAAAGAAAUUGUUGAGGCAGCAAAGGCAUCUAUGGGCCAGGAUCUUUCACCUGUUGAUUUGAUCAAUGUCCAACAGUUUGCUCAGAGGGUCAUGAAUCUAUCUGAGUACCGUAAAAAUCUCUAUGAGUAUCUGGUGACAAAGAUGAAUGAUAUUGCACCAAACCUGACAUCAUUGAUUGGUGAAAUGGUUGGAGCUCGGCUAAUCUCUCAUGCUGGCAGUCUUUCAAAUCUUGCAAAAUGCCCUGCCUCUACUCUGCAGAUACUGGGUGCUGAAAAGGCACUCUUUAGAGCUCUGAAAACACGUGGAAACACACCAAAGUAUGGCCUCAUAUUCCACUCAUCUUUUAUUGGUCGUGCAUCAACCAAGAAUAAGGGAAGGAUGGCUCGUUACCUUGCAAACAAAUGUUCCAUUGCUUCACGAAUUGACUGCUAUUCAGAUAUGAGUAGCUCCAUUUUUGGUGAGAAGCUGCGUGAACAGGUUGAGGAGAGGCUAGAUUUCUACGAUAAGGGUGUUGCACCCCGCAAGAACCUUGAUGUGAUGAAAGCUGCUAUUGAUGGCUUGACAAACACAGAGGAUGAUGACGGCAAAGAGAAUGGUGACACAUCUGUGAAGAAAAGCAAGAAGAAGAAGUCCAAAGCUGAGGCUAACGGUGACGCGAUGGACGUUGAGAAUGCUGCCCAUGGCGAUGACGAGACCCCUAAGAAGAAGAAGAAGCACAAGCUUGAGGAGCCGCAGGAUGAGGAGAUGCAAGCCAAUGGCGAUGACGAGACCCCUAAGAAGAAGAAAAAGAAGAACCGCGACGCCGAGUCUGUUGAUCCUAAGACUGGCACCGAGGGGAAAUCCAAGAAAAAGAAGAAGAAAUCCAAGACUGAUGACGAGUAGUAGAUUAGUACCUUAGUACCUAGCAGCGAGUGUUGAAGCCGAUUGAGGAUGAAAUUUUUGUACCGACUGUUUAAGUGUGUACACUUUGAGCCUCUUUGAGCCCUUGAUGAGGUCUGUAAUGUAGCGUGGCAUGGACUGAAGCGGCGAAUCUGCAUUACAUUUGAUGUUGCA